AUGGAUAAUCGUAAAGCCUUAAAGAGGGUACGUUCAGAUCCUGCGUAAAAUGUAUCUUUCAAAUAGUUCAUCUAUAUAUUUAGGUGACCGUGAAUUGGUUUUGGAUUUGUUUUGGUUAAAUUACUGAUCAUUAUUAUUAUUUUCUAGGUUCUAAAACCGGUGAUUGAAAAGAAGAGGCGAGAUAGGAUAAAUCAACGCUUGGAUGAGAUAAGGACUAUUCUGCUAAGCAACACUUCUGACAUGGUGAGUUGAGUUGGCCACAGCUUUUCUAGUUGCGUCUGAAAUCAGCUCCUUGUGUGUCCCUCUUGUAUGAAUGAGCCCACUGGGCACAGACGUCAAUUCAACAUCUAUUCCACGUUGGUUCAACGUAAUUUGAUUGAAAUUACGUGGAAACAACGUUGAUUCAACCAGUGUGUGCCCAGUGGGAGAGGGAUAUAAUAAACCGCAGGGCACCGAUAAUAAUAACUUAUUAAUGACGUUUCAAACAGCCCAUAAAACAACACGCACAUAUUGUGCGCAAUGGCUGUGCAUAAUGCCUUGUUCAGUAGGAUUAUUCUUUCUCUCUCACAGCGGCUGAAAAAUCCAAAGUUAGAAAAAGCUGAAAUUUUAGAGUUGACCGUCGAUUACAUACGAAGAAAAACAAAUGGGAACGACAGCAAAGGUAUCUAUCAAUCCAAAAUGUUUUAUUGUUUUCCAGUGUGGGUUUGUCAUUUAAUUUAUUUCAGAAAUGGGAAGUGAAAUCUGCCCCCAAACUGCUGAUAUAGAUAGAACAUGGUUAAUGUGAGUGCUAAUAAUUGUUUUAUCUUGCCCCAAAACCUCCCUAUAUCUCACCUACACACACACACACCAUUGGCUUUUGCAAAUUGUUUUGACUAUUCUCCCACUGAUUCCCAUCCUGCUUCUCCAUACUGUCCUCUUGCUGUCCACUUUUGAAUUCUCUCCAUAUUCAUCAUCCUAUCAUGAUCUUUUAUCACACGCUCAUCUUCAUCUCUGGAUUCUUCUCUUUCUGUCCUCUCUUUUCUUUCUAAUUUACUCCCUAUAUUGUCUGGCUCACACUAUUGACCAACACUAGCCUUCUCAGAAAAUUCCAUGAAAGAGUCCUCUGCUCCAGUGACUAGUGCUGUGAGUUCCCAAAGGACAGGCCCCAUACACAAGCAAACACAGCCCCCACCCAACCCUGUCUACAGUGCAGGUUUCACAGAGUGCAUAUCCCGCCUGGGCAACUACAUCGACAGCGUGGACCCCUCCCAGAGAGAGAGCUUUGUCCAGGGACUAAGGGAUCACCUGGAUACCCACAGCGCCUGCCCUCUGGGGAGGGUGCAGAGCCAGACCUUCCCCCUGGACCUCCAGCCCUGGGGCCCUGCAGCAGAAGGAUCAUGCUUCCUGGGCAGAGUGCAAAACAGGAAGGACAGCACAGUGAUGGGGCAUCAACGAGCCAGCAGGGAAGCCACUUUUCCAUAUAUCAACACCUCUCUUCCCAUCUAUCCCAACACCUUUGUGCUCCACCACCCCCACCCUACCCAACACCUCUCACACCCAUACCCAUCUCCCCCUUACUCCCUCUCACCCCCACCCUCCCCCUGUUACUCAAACUCCUCGCCACCUUUCACCACUACCCCUCCAUACCUCUCCAUGCCCUGCCACUUCCCCUUCCCUCCUUCUCCCUCUCAACGUCCAUCAGAUUCCUUGUCAUCCUUCUCUCAAACUACAUCUCCGCCCGUGGUGCCUCUGGUACCAGCCCAUCCUUCCCUGGUGUCCAGUCCCCCCACCCCUCUACAUCUCUCUGGCCCUGUGCCCGUCGGCCCAACAAGGACUCUGAGGCGGUCACUAUUUCAGAUCCAGCCCCAGGUAGUAUGGAGGCCCUGGUCCUGA